AUGGCAGACCAGGGAGGAGGUGCAGCCAGCGUGAAGCGGUUCAGCGGGGACGGCAACGACGGAGCUGCUGCAUACAAGGUGUGGAAGCGUUGGGCGAGGGCGGCGAUUGUGGUCCAGAAGGCUCGGGGCACUCCAGCAGAGGCUCUGGGCCCGUGGUUGUACACGCUCCUGGAUGGACAGGCGGCCCUGGCAGUGGAGAACGUGGACUUAGUGGACAUCAACGUGGACAACGGUGAGGAGGUGGUGUUCGACAGAUUAGACGAGCGGUUUCCUGAGAAGGUGGCAGCGGAUCGUCUCGGAGAGGCGAUGGAGGAAGGCUUCAGCCUGCGCAUCCACAAGCAGGAGACGACGGAGGCCUACACCGGGCGCGCGCAGCUUGUGUACGCGCGGCUGGCCAAGGAAGGCGUGGACCUGCCGUCGGUCGCCAGAGGCUACCUGAUUCUACGCGGUGCCCGGCUGGGACACUUUGGUCGUGCGACGGUGAUGUCGGCGACCCAUCGGAGCUGGAACGUGGAGGAGGUGUGCACGGCGAUCAGGACGGCGUUCCCAGGAGUUCCACCAGAGAGGCUCACGCAGAUGGCGUUCGCGGUGGAAGAGGAGCACGGGGACCCCGAGGUCGGCCCGCCGCCGGAGCCCUACCAGGAGGAGAGCGUGGAGGACGACAUCACAGACGAGAUCGACGCGAUCGUCCAGGCGGCGGAGCCGAUCGACGAGGCGGACGCGGUGGAGAUCCUGGCGACGUGGAAGCAGACACGCACGGCUAUGACCAAGGAGAAGUUGGACCGCGGGCUCAGGCCUCAGUGGAAAGCCCGACCAGGACAAGGGGGUCAUGGUGGACCGACCCGGCACGACCUCGACAAGCUCGGCCGUAGGGUGAAGUGCUUCCGGUGCAAGAAGAUCGGCCAUUUCAGCAGGGACUGCAAGGGGCCCCUCCCGGCCCACAGCUCGCAGAUGGUGGUCGUCGAGCCGAUGGACGAGGAGGACCAGGAAGAAGCACGAGUCCAGGCAGUACUGGGAGCUGCUCAGGACGACGAGAUCACCGGCGGGGACUUAGACGACGAGAUCAAUAGCAUCCUGAAGGUCCACGAGGACAAUGUGCUGGCGAGGCUCAUCCGGCAGGAGCGCUGGAAGCGGCUGGCGCACGAGAUGAAGGAGCAGCAGGAGGACGAGUACGCGUCGGUCGAGAAGAGGGCCGCCGAGGAGGGGGCGGUCCUGGGAGUGACCCACGCCGACGGCUGUUCUGUGCCAGACACGGGGUGCUGCAAGUCCCUGAUCGGCGAGGAGACGUUGACCAAGCACGAGGCGGCGACAGGCAAGCAGGCGAGGUGGUUGAAGGACGCCAAGCCGAUGCGGUUUCGCGGGUUCGACAAUAGUGUGCAGGAGUCGGUCGGUGCUGUGGAGCUGGACUGGGAGAUCAAGAACUUCAUCGUGACGUUCGUGGUGUACGUGGUCCCGGGCUCUGCAGGCUUCCUGAUGAGCAAGCCAGACAUGAAGGCUCUGGGCGCGGCCCUGGACCUGGAGACGGACUCGUUGUACCUGAAGCGCCUUGGCCUCACGAUUCCCAUGAGCGAGACGGUGGCAGGCCACUACGAGAUCGAUUUCCUGAACCGGGAAAAGAAGGUGAAGAGGCAGGCGCACACGUCAUCAGUGCGCGUGCGGGACGCCAGGAGAAUGGUGACCGAGCUGUUCUCCCCACCUCGCAUCGUGCCAGUAGCGGCGCGGUGCGGGUUCUUGGAAGGUCAGAGUCUCGACAAGGUGCACGGCUGGGAUGUGGACAAGGACGACGACUACGACGCCAUGUGGCGGCACAUCAUCGAGGACGAGCCGUACUUCGUGCACAUGUGCCCUCCAUGCCGGAAGCUGUCGAUCAUGCAGCAGUGCAUGCCUUUGGAUCGCCGGAAGGAUCUGGCACAGCAUUUCAGAGAUGUGAAGUGGUCGGUGAACUUGGUACAUGUGGUCGUGGAGGUCGCGAUCUACCAGAUGGAGCGGGGCAGGCAUUUUGUCUAUGAGACCCCCCCGAGGUGCGCGAGCCGCCAGGUGCUGGUGAUGAAGCAGCUCCUGCAGACCCGAGGCGUGUACGUGGGCAUAGCGAGCGGCUGCGAGUUCGGACUGAGGUGCCCAGACACCCUGAAGUUGAUGCCCAAGAGCUGGGAGUUCGUGACGUCUGCGCCGGAGGUCGCGAAAGCAGUUCACCAGCGGUGUGGAGGAGGACACGAGCAUCAACACACUGAAGGCAUGCUGAAGUGUGGGAUCAAGCGCACGGUGUUCAGCCAACGGUACCCCAAGAGGUUGGUAGAGGCGAUCGUGCGGGGCAUGCGACGACAGUGUCAGGUGGAGGCGCUCAGCUCGGAGGCCGCGUGCAAGGCAGUGCAGGGAGAAGAAGAGGACGCAGAUGAAACACGCGAUGUACUACGUCGGCCUCACAGCUCGAUAGAGAGCAGCCUCAGGAAGUUGCAUGUGCAACUCGGCCACUGCAAGAACAACGUGCUGAUAAGACAUCUACGACACGCACGCGCCACGGAGCAGGCGAUCAAGGCGGCCAAUGAUUUUCAUUGUCCAGAAUGCGAGGGCAUGAAGUGCCCCAAGGUCGCUCGACACAGUACACCAGCGGAGACCCAUCUCCCUUUGAAGUACGUGAGCAUGGACUGCAAGAACUUGCCGAGCUGGAUCCCGGGCGAGCGGAUCACCUGUCUGGGCAUCAUCGACGAGACGAGCUCCCUGCACCAGGUGGAGCCAAUGAUCGGCAUGGCGGAGACGUCGAAGAACCUCAUGGAUGCGUUCGAGCGGGCGUGGAUCCGCCCCUACAUCCGUCCGAAGUGGCUGAAGGUGGACCCACACCGGGCGCAGAUCAGCGACGAGUUCCUCAACUGGUGCGAGCGGCAGGAGAUCGAGGUGGUGGACACAGCAGGUGGAGCGAAGGAGCAGAACGGCAAGAUCGAGCACCACAACCAGUUCUUCGAGAUUAUGCUGGAGGACGCAGAGCUGCGGACCAAGAUGGUGAACCUGGAGCACUACAGCGGCCAGAGGGAGAGGCAGAACAGGUUCCUCCAGGUCCAGAAGUUCCAGCACCACCACCUGUCGUACCAGAGCCGGGAGAGCGAGAACCUGAUGAUCAGCCAGCUGACGGAGAAGACAAACCCCCGGAGCAUCCCACAGGAGGGAGACGCGUGCCGGACGGUGAGCGAAGCCUACCAGCCGAUGGAGGGCCAGAUGGAUGAGAACCGCGAGGAGCAGGAUGAGGCCAAGCGUCCACGGCUGGAGGAGCAGACGACCAUCGACGACCCGUCCAGCAGCCAGCAGCAGUUCGGAGGUGUGACGUAUCCUCCGAGUCUGCCGAGCCCACCGCUCAGGGACUCGGCGAAUGCACACCUGGCGAGAGAUGUGGAUGAAGACGUCAUCGUGAACGAGGUGGACGUUCUGCUCACGCAGGGCAGUAAGGAGAUCAACACCAAGGAGGACAAGUGGAAAUCACCCGAGGGCCUCGCGAUGAUCGAGAAGGCGUACACCAAGGAAAUGACGAGCUUGGUGCACGAGACCAAGGCAUGGAAGCCAGUGGAAUUGGAGAAGUCGCGGCUGCUGAAGACCCAGGACUACACGCUGAAGGGCUAUCACCCGGAGCAGCUCUUCGAGGUGGUCAACGGAUACGGACUGGGAGACCAACCUCAGCAGUGGUGGCGCACGUUCGAGCGGUACAUGUUGGAGGAGCUGAAGUUCGACCAGCACCCCAUGGACCCGUGCGUGUUCCUGCUGAGGGAGCCCGUGACCCAGGAGAACGCCGGCCUGGUCGCCAAGGACAGGGUGUCGGUGAUACCGUACGCCACUGGUUCUGAGAGCGCCCAGCUGCGUGGUGAGCCUGGCGCGCUGUGCGGCAUCCUUGGAGUGCAUGUGGACGAUCAGAUCAAUGGUGGCCGCGGUCAGCUGUGGGCCACUGCGAUGAAAAAGCUGCGAGCGAGGUUUCCAUUCAGAAAGUGGGUGACAGGGAGUGGGGAGUUCACAGGAUCGGUCCUCACCCAGCGAGCUGACUACUCGAUCGUCCAGUCGCAGUCAGAAUACACGAAGGGGAUCACCCUCGCGAAGACGAGGAAAUCAGCUCGGCCCGAUGAUGUAGCUCUACCGUCGGAAGUGCACAACCACAUUUCAACUACGCAGCAAGGGAACUGGCUGGCAGGACAGACGAGGCCAGAUCUGAGUUGCCAGAUUUCCUUCUCCCAGCAGAUCAUGCCUCACCCGACGGUCGGCCAGAUCAGACGCUCGAAUGCUUGGGUCAGGAGGGCGAAGCAGUUUCACGAGAUCUCGGUGACUGUCCAGAGUAUUGUUCCAGAACGUUUGCGUUUCGUUUGCCACUCGGACUACUCCUCGAAGGACCUGGACGGGACGGGGAGGACACAGGGCGGGUACAUCAUAGGUGCGACGGACCCCUCCAUGGCAAAAGGUCUCUUGGCCCCCUGGCGCCCUCUGGUCUGGAAGUCCCAAAAGAUCAAACAAGGGUGUACGUCGACACUGGCAGGAGAGAGCAAGCUUCUGAAGGCGUCUUUGGGCCACCUGGAGUGGAUCAUGUGCUCGUUCGCGGCCACCCUGUACCCCACGUUCUGCCUAGAAAAUCGGGAUCGGUAUUCCAGGAAGUUCUCGGCGAUCAGCGUUAUCGAUUGCAAGUCGGUGUUCGACCGCGUGACGAAACCUGGGGCCCCCACAGGACUCGAUGACAAGAAGGCCUCCAUAGACAUAGCGAUCGCAAAAGGGAGCCUCCGAAGGUUUGGUGGUACUCUUCGCCGGGGCCCGACGGAGCUCAUGUUAGGAGAUGCGUUGACAAAAGACAAAGCAGAAGCAGCAGAUGUACUACGAGCGUGUAUGAGAGCAGGAGCGUACCAGCUAGCCGACGAGUCCGCCAGCCUCCAGGCCUGGGCCAUGGUGAAGUUCGAGGCGACGGGCAGCGACGAGCAGGCCAGGGCAUUUCUGCUCGGGCUGGUGGACGUCUACCCGGACGUGUCGUCCUACGUGGAGUCGGAGGCCAGGGUCAAGGUGAGGGUGCCAGCCAAGACGCUCCUGGGCGCCGUGCAGGCGAAGAAGGGCAACGCGCCAGUGACGCUGCAGUACGUGGCCAACACCGGGAACAUCCAGGUGAUGACGGGAGUGGCACUGGAGGACGAGAUUCGGGACAAGUGCAAGAUGCUGGAGAGGGCGUACGCUUCAUGGCAAAGAGCACCGCUCGACCAGAAGCCGAAGUUGGAGAUCAAGUCGCCGGCCACGGAGUUCUUCCGCAACAACACGGUGAAGGCGAGCAAGAAGGAGAUCGAGCAGGACGGCGACGAGAAGAUCACGCUCCCGGACGACGAGGGAUACUCAGAGGCGAUGGACACCAUCCUCGAGAACGUCGGGUGGUCUCUUUCCGAGUACCCGGUGAUGAGGGACAGGAUCCUCAAGACGUUGCAGAUGUACGUGCCCGAUGGGGAGGAGGAGACCACCCCAAGGCGAGCACAGGCAGUCGGUGAAGACGACGAUGGCACAGGCGACUGGCAGAUGGGUGACAGUGUGAAGGUCAGGAAGUGAGG